AUGUUCGCCUCAAAGCAAUUCAGUGCAGCUUCGCUUUUCUUCACUCUCCUCCUGAUCCUUCCAAAGAUUCAAGCGCAAGGAGGUGCUCCAAACAUACUAUCUCAACUAGGAGGUCUCAGUCCCGACCAGCUUCACCAGGUGAUCCAAGGCGUAGUUCGACCUCAAGUCAUUGGUGCACAACAAGCCACCUCAUUCGACGAAGCACAGCUGGAGAAACUCCAAUCGUCUGGAGGAGAGUACAACCCGGCAGGCUUCGGCAGAGGAGGCACCGUCUGGACUCGUCAACAAGCCGCCUCUGACUUCCUCCAAAAGCCCAAUCCAGCGGAAGGUUUCAAGGGAAAAGACAUACCUACACGACCAUCCAACAACGCAGAUUCUCAGACGCAGCUUGACCAUGUUCUAAAAGUCAUCGGCUUGAUUAACGAUUUGCUCGCGACGAUUUCUGGCGUUUCUGCGGGUAGCGACAUGACCCUCACGACGCCAGAGGAUGGUGCGGAAGCAGCUGGUCAGGGCAAUAACUUGCGUGUGGAGCAGGACAGAAUCAAGCGCGAAAGUCGCGUCGCCCUCUCCCUCCCCACAACCAGCACCACUUCCACUAGCGCAGCCACAAUCGGCAAAAUCCGCGGCGUGCGCGACCCCAUCUACCACCUCUACCUGCAAGCGUCCACGUCCUCCCCAAGCACGCCGGUCCUGGGCCCCGAGUCCUCCGCGGCAGAAUUCACCAUCGGCGGCACGAUACAGUCGCGCAGCACGUCGCUAUACCUGAACGUGCAGAAUGCGACGACGUCGUACAAGCCGCUGAAGUGGGAGAGCACGGCGACGACGACGGCGUGGGGACUCGAAGGGGAUACGAUUAUCACUGUGCAGGGGAGUAGUUAUGGGAGACGUGAGUUUUGUGCAAUAAGUGAAGAAUGUAGUGUAUUUGCUGACCGCGAUGUGAAGAGUUAA